AUGUCUUCCGAUGACGUCCCAAGAAUCCCUGAGAGGCCACAGAGGGUUAGAGGUCAUCGUUUGACUGAGGAGAUCAGCCAGGAGAAGUUUCCACUACCAUCUUCUGCGGAAGCAGACUUAGCAAAGGCUGAAGGAUCGGAAUUGCCCAAGAUUCCAGGCCACAGGCCCCAGCGGCUGAAGAACAGCUCAUCAUCUCCAGUACUUCCAGUCUCAAAACCUCAUGAAUCCUCUGAUCUGAAACCAUCAGUCCCAGGGACACGACCCAAUCGAGAAAAGAAGGAGAACAUGCGUGAAAAUGGUGGCAUCACUAAAGAUGAGGGAUCUCAGAGCCGUCAGGAGAGUUCAGAUCAUGAACCGACACCACAAUUGCCUGCCGCCCGCCCGCAGCGACUGAAGAGCACACCCGCAACAACGGCGGUGCCCUCAACCGGACCAUUAGCUACUCUUAAGACCGUGGCAAGUACUGAUGAAGUGGAGAGGUCAGAAGAACCUCUAGAUCAAAGUUUGAAACGAAGCACAACGGAAAAUUUAGAUAUGCUUGUGCAGAAUACCAGCGAGCAGUUGAAAGAAAUGGAAAUGCUUUUAUCGAAGCGUGAAAUGGCUCCGGUGCGUGGAAAUUCGCUAAUCAAGCCUAUAGAAGUUGCUGACGUAAGUUCGGAUAGGAGACUGAUGCCCGAGAAUCCGGAACAGAAAAGUACUGGCCCUAAUGAUGGUUCUAAGACCGAGACUCAAGCCGCUUCGAAAUCAGAGUCCGACGAACCGCAGUCAUCAGCGGCAGAGAACGAUAGAGAGGAGGUCAACCGAGAACUACUCCGAGAAACGGAACAGAGCGAAAGUACCGCAGAAGAACAUCCUGAAGAAGUGCAUGUAAUGGAGGCUACAAAUCAGGGCGAAAUGAAGGGGACGCAGCCAGAAAGGGAAGUGAGUCCUGAUGAGGAGCCGCCGACGACGUAUUCAACCAAAGCUCAGGCAAACCUGAGUUCCCUUGACGAGCAGGAAGUCGCAGAAUUCACUAAAGACUUUACGCCAGCUCCAGAGCUCGAUCAUCUUUCAUCAGAUAAGGUUGAAGAGACGAAAGGAGGAGAUAUUUCUUCGGAACUGGCGCCCUCAGUUUUCGAGGAGACAGAGGUGCUGUCACAAAAGUCAGACCACUCAAGUAUACCAUCUGCCAAACGGGCUGCACCGCCAGUCCCCAAAAAACCAUCAUCACGAAUAGCCGCUUUUCAGCAGAUGUUGCAGAAUCAGCAGCUUGAGCAGCUGCAAGGCUCAAUUCCUUUCCGACCUCAUGAGUCACCUCUAUCUAUGGAAUCAGGCACAGGCGGAGCUCCAAACUACCACAGAAAGGCGUUGAAUGAUGAAAGAGCUCAGUUUGGCAAGAAUCUGGGCACGUUGUUUGCAAAUCCAGAUAUGGUGACUGGAUCCUCGAUCUCUACCGAUAGAAGAACGGAAGGUAAUAAAUUGGAAGAACCUAAUGAGAAUAGUACAAGAACCCCCUCUGAAAGUCAGCAGCGGAGAGCUCGAGGUCCGCGUGGACGCAAGUUACCAUCGCUGGUGGCAAAUGUCGAGAAGGUCAAGACUGAAAAUAGCAAUGACAUUGAGCUAUUCCACAUGUGGACAAUAGUGAGUAAUAACCGGGACGACAAAAAUACGAAGGAAGUGCUUAAGGACGAUUCUGGACAGAAAUCUGCUCAAUUGUCAGAAGGAAGAGGUGCAUUCGAGAUUUUGAGCGAUGGAACGCAGGAGAGGCGUCCGUCUGUACUUGAAGAUCCAAGUCAGCCAAUGGUCGGGUCCCAAGAGACUGUGAACGAAAGUGAAGACUUGGCAUUCGAUGAAACCCCACAAAAGCUCAUGACACAAAGUGCUUUUAAUUCGAAGGAGGUUCACCAAGUGAGGUCGAGCGCGAAACAAGAACUCGAAGAGAAUCUUGAGGAAACAGCAAAUAUGAAGCCAGGGCACAAGGAAGCUCAAGAACAAAGUAUCGAUGACAAGAAUGGGGCAGACUACUCAUUCGACCUGGAGCAGGAACUGUAG